UGUAGUGAACACUAGAUGGUAGCAACUUCCUUUUCUAGGCUUACUUGUACCACAUAAUGAACCUUCAUUAUACUAUUUUAUACUAUUUUACUGUUGUCGUUAUUUAACGAGCAAUUUAAAUAUAUUAUAAAUAGUAAUAAUAGGACGCCGUACUGAAACCGCAGGCGCGUGAGAUGAAAUGACAACGUCAACACUACAGAAAGCGAUUGAGCUGGUGACUAAAGCCACAGAGGAGGACAAGGCCAAGAACUAUGAGGAGGCGCUGAGACUCUACCAGCACGCCGUGGAGUAUUUUCUGCACGCCAUCAAAUAUGAAGCACACAGUGACAAGGCAAAGGAAAGCAUACGUGGGAAGUGUAUGCAGUAUCUGGACAGAGCCGAGAAACUCAAGGACUACUUGAAGAACAAGGACAAACAGGGCAAGAAACCAGUGAAGGAAACACAGAGCAAUGACAAAAGUGACAGUGACAGCGAGGGAGAAAAUCCGGAGAAAAAGAAACUCCAGGAGCAUCUGAUGGGUGCGAUUGUGAUGGAGAAGCCCAAUGUGAGGUGGAGUGAUGUGGCUGGACUGGAGGGGGCAAAAGAAGCCCUGAAGGAAGCUGUCAUUCUACCCAUCAAAUUUCCACACCUGUUCACAGGCAAGCGCACCCCGUGGAGGGGCAUUCUCCUGUUUGGGCCGCCCGGCACUGGGAAGUCUUAUCUUGCCAAAGCUGUCGCCACCGAGGCCAAUAACUCCACCUUCUUCUCCGUGUCUUCAUCUGAUCUCAUGUCGAAGUGGCUCGGCGAGAGUGAGAAACUGGUGAAGAAUCUGUUUGAUCUGGCUCGCCAGCACAAGCCCUCCAUCAUCUUCAUCGAUGAGGUGGAUUCUCUCUGUGGAUCCAGAAAUGAGAAUGAAAGUGAAGCUGCUCGGAGGAUCAAGACGGAGUUCCUGGUGCAGAUGCAGGGUGUUGGUAAUAGCAGUGAUGGGAUAUUAGUUCUCGGUGCUACUAACAUUCCCUGGGUCCUUGACGCUGCUAUUCGCAGGAGGUUUGAGAAGCGCAUCUACAUCCCCCUGCCCGAGGAGCCUGCGAGGUCGGCCAUGUUUCGCUUGCACCUGGGCAACACUCCUCACAGUCUGACCGAGGCAGACCUGCGGCAGCUGGCCCGCAAAACAGACGGGUACUCUGGAGCCGAUAUAAGUGUCAUAGUACGAGAUGCUCUCAUGCAGCCGGUCAGGAAAGUGCAGUCCGCCACGCACUUCAAAAAGGUGCGAGGGCCAUCUCGCAGUAACAGCUCUCUGAUGGUGGAUGACCUCCUGACCCCGUGUUCUCCCGGUGACCCUGAGGCCAUAGAGAUGACCUGGAUGGAUGUACCAAGUGACAAACUACUGGAGCCCAUAGUAUGCAUGUCUGACAUGCUGCGCUCUUUGGCCACCACACGCCCCACCGUCAACAAAGAAGACCUGCUGAAGGUGAAGAAGUUCACAGAGGACUUUGGACAGGAGGGCUGAACCACCAACCUCAUGCUUUCAGCUCUAACAUCGAUUCAUAUGUAGCUGUCCCAACUCAACCCGGACAACCACUGCAAACUGAACAGCAGGAGCAUGUGAUUAACAUCUCUAAUCGCCCCACUCUAACAUUAAACUGAUUAAUGUGAUGUUCAGUAAUCCAGAAGCAUGAAGCUCACUGUAAGUUGUUUUGUUUACAUGAUCAAAUUUGUUGAAGCGUUCAUUUUAUGAAGUUGUUUUGCGUGUCUGCCCUUUGUUUCGAA